AUGUCGACCGAAGAAAUGGAGAUCGACCCAGUGCCGGCGCUCGCCGAGCCGACUCUAGGUCAGGAUAGUACUAACAACGAGACAUCCUCCGCAAUCGAGACGAAGCAAUCGACACAAGGUGGAGCCACGGGCACUGAAGCACGUACGUCGCAAGCAGCGGUUGCGGUGCGCAGCAUCGAAGGGUGGAUUGUGAUUGCGACAAAUAUCCACGAGGAGGCGACCGAGGAAGACAUCACGGAUCUGUUCGCCGAGUAUGGCGAGAUCAAGAAUCUGCAUCUCAAUCUGGAUCGACGGACGGGUUAUGUCAAGGGCUACGUUCUCAUCGAGUACGCCACACAAGUCGAAGCUGCAGCGGCGAUCAAAGCUUUGAACGGCUCGAAACUCCUCGAUCAGACCAUCUCGGUCGACUACGCGUUUGUGCGGCCCCCGGCAUCCAAGGGUGACGGUAAGGCUGGCCGCGGCGGAAAGGUGGGUGAUCGUCGAGGUGGCGGGGGUGGUCGGGCGGCAGCAGCGCGGAGUCGCAGUCGUAGCAAGUCUAAGAGUCGAAGCCGCAGUCGGAGUCGUGAUCGGGAGAGGAGGAAGAACAAUCGGGAUGAGGAUACGAUGGAUAGGGACUGA